AUGGGUUGUGCACAUAACAAUGUAGAUGUCCUUUCAUCUCAUCUUGUCGUUUUUUUCCACCACAAACAGUUGAUCUUAAUUUCCAAAAUGGGAAAAUUGAAAAAGGGCAGAAAGUCCCAAAACAGAAGACACAACCCCGUGGCAAGAAAAAACGGCGCCUCGGGGAAACAGGACUCCAAAGAAGAAACCACAAGACAAAACAAAAUUGUUCCGCUCAUCGCCAAAUUAUCUUCAUCUGCCACAAACGACCAGUCGCUAGCACUUUCGACAAUUGGAGUGCUUGCAGAAGAUGAACAAAUGAGAAAGUUGCUUUUGAAGGAACGUUUGGUGGCCACAUUGGUGGAAGAAAUUCUUAGCAAAUCCAGCGACGAUGAGCUUAUUGUCGAGGCAUACGGGGUAUUGAGAAACUUGACUAUAGAGGAAGGCUACGAUGUUGCAAUGCACUUGUGGCGGUUGAAAAUCUGGACCUUCAUCCAAAACGGCCUCGAGAAGAUCCAAAAGUCGUAUGAGUUCUUGAACUCGGACCCUAAGAAAUUGGACAAGAAAAGAGCACACUUGUUGUUUGACUUUACUGAAAAUGUCUUGUCGCUCAUUGUGGCCAUUGCCAGUUGCUCCGAGGAUUUGUACGAUAACAUUUACGCCGACAUUGAUCCUGUGGUGAAAUUGGUGAUUGACGUACUCAAUUGGAACAUUCCCAAACUCAGAACGUCAACCAAGUUGUUCAAUGCGUUGCUCGACUUCAUUUACGAAUUUGCAUCUGACUCCGCUGCGUUUGUUUCGGACUUGGCAGCGCAAGAGUCCUUUUCUUUGGCCCUGUUGGAAGAGGCGGUCCAACUGUCUGCACAUGCGCAAAACAACUUGGGCAAGGUCAUUGUGCAAGGCAUCAAAUUCCAUCUUUACGAGGUGCAAAGCAGCUUGGAAGAAGACAAACAGACUGCAUGUUUAUCUAUCUUGAAGAGCAUUUUCGGCACAAUCACACAACUCGAUCUUGAAGAGAUGAACCGUCAAUUGAGCCAGAAGGAGAAACUCCCCGAACCCAAGCCGGCUGAUGACGAAAAACCACAAAACAUUGACAUUGCAUUUGGUUCUGACUCGGCCGAAAAGAUCCAGGCGAGAUUCGAUCUCCAGGCCAUCGAUGUCACCAUCGAUUUAUUCACCACCAUGUGCGAAUAUUUGGCCAUAAACGAAAGCCAUGUCGAAGAGUCGGUGUCUUUAAACAAUGAGCUUGUUGCAUUUUUGUUGGAUGUUGCCUUUCCCUCGUGCUUGCAUCUUUUGAAGUAUAACCACGAACAUGCGCAAGUGUUCCAACUCACAGUCAAAGUGCUAGUGGCACUCAAUAAUUUGUGCUGGUUGUUCUUGUCAAACGAAACAAUCCCAGUCGAAUGGUACACCAAAAUUCCACUUUUGUGGGACGCCGUGGACUCCGUUUCGGUGCUGGAAAAUAUGGAGGUGCAGAAACUUGUUCUUAGCAUAUUGUGGGCGCUUUCAAAGAGCGUCGGGCCCGAAGUACGCAACAAAGUCACCCAGGCACACAUCACAGGAUUAUUGGAGAAAUGCACUCAGUUGACGCAAGGCCUGAGCAUCGCCGAUGAGCCUGUCGCAGUUUACGAGUUUCUAUUGUCUGCUAUUGGCUUUUUGGGCUCGGUGGCCCAGGUUAUAGGAAACACAGACAUGACCCGGGAGAUUGGCGAGUUCCUUUUGUCGCAGAUUGCGCAUUAUGUUGUCGAAGAAAACCAUCAUAAGGAACGCAAGGCGGUGGAGAUCCCGUUCGAGUGCUUGAACUUGAUGUACGACAUAUUUGGCGACGCUGAGUACGACUAUGACUUACCUGUGUUUGUGGAAGGCGCCUAUCUUGAUCGUCUUAGGCAAUUGGAGCCUGCUGUCAAAACGUGCUACAAGCAAAUUGACAAGAACCGUGACAAAGACUUGAAGAUUCGUGCAGAAGAAGUGUAUGGGAACUUGGGUCGUUUUAUAGUCUACAAGGAGCGUGAGAGGGCAUGA